GAAUUCAAACACGUGGUUAGCCUUAUUUGUUGCAGGAAGUACGAUGAAAAUGGCGGCUACAGAUGCACUGCUAACGGAAUCGGUCCUUGGCUGGUCCAUUUUUGCAAUUGUACUUCUGGUCAUCUUGGUCUUCUGUUGGGUCUACAUCCGGAAGUAUCAGAGUCGCCGCGAGAGUGAGGUGGUCUCAACCAUUACUGCAAUAUGUUCCCUGGCUGUUGCUCUGAUAACGUCUGCCCUCCUCCCUGUGGAUAUCUUCUUGGUGUCCUUCAUGAAAUUCCCAAACGGCACCUACAAGGACUGGGCUGCAAACAAUGAAACAAGAGGUCAAAUUGAAGACACAGUCCUGUAUGGAUAUUACACUCUGUACUCCAUCAUCCUGUUUUGUGUCUUCCUCUGGAUUCCAUUCGUCUACUUCUACUAUGAGGAGAAGGACGACGACAAUAUCAACAAGUGUUCGCAAGUGAAAAAUGCGCUGAAGUACACAAUUGGAUUCGUCAUCGUCUGCGCGGCGCUGCUGCUAAUUGGGGCUUUCGUACCGCUGCAGCCUCCGCCCAACACAAAUGCCACCCAGUGGGAGAAGAUGCAGUACCUGGUGGAAGAGUUUGGCAACCAUGGCCUGGCUGCUCUGUCUUUCUCCAUCAGUUCACUGACCUUGAUUGGCAUGCUGGCUGUGAUCACUUACACGGCAUACGGUAUGUCUGUGCUCCCACUCAACCUCAUCAAAGGCACGCGUAGCAUCGUCUACGAGCGUCUGGAGAACACAGAGGACAUGGAGGACAUCGAGCAGCAGGUCGAGAAGCUCAAGUCCAAGUGUGAGGACGGCCGGCCGCUCUCCACGCGGGACAGGCGUAACCUGCAGGAUCUGGAGACCAAGCUGCAGGUGCUGCAGCGCCGCAGCCGACACCUGGAGAUCGCAGAGCGUAACUGCUGCACCAAGGUCGGCAGCGCCCUCCGCCCGCUGAAGAUUUUGCUGGGGGUUUUCUUCAUCCUGGUGGCACUGCUGUUCGCCGUGGCACUGUUCAUUUCUAAUUUGGACAAGGCCCUGCACUCUGCUGGAUUUAGCUCUGGGUUUGUCGUCUUCGGAACCAACCUGACCAACCCCCUGAACGAGCUGCUGCUGGCCCUGCAGCCGGUCUUCCCGCUGGAUUAUGUUCUGAUCACUGUCAUCACCAUGUACUUUGUCUUCACCUCAAUGGCGGGCAUUCGCAACAUGGGCAUCUGGUUCUUCUGGGUCCGGCUGUACAAGAUUAGACCCAAACGGACUCGGCCCCAGGCUCUGCUCUUCCUCUGCAUGAUUCUCCUGCUGAUUGUCCUCCACACCAGCUACAUGAUCUACAGCCUGGCCCCGCAAUACGUCAUGUAUGGCAGCCAGAAAUACCUUCUGCAGAGUCCAGUGCCCAUACCCGGCCCAUCCCCAGGGAACCAGAGCACUCCAGCCCCAUCCCCAGGGAACCAGACUACAGUCAGCACCAAGAUCUGUGAUGCAAACGCCCCUGAGGAUCAGUGCACAGUGACGAGAUCAUACCUUUUCCUGCACAAGUUCUGGUUCUUCAGCACCAUCUACUACUUUGGUAACUGGGCGUUUAUCGGGGUGUUUCUCAUCGGCCUGACGGUCUCCUGCUGCAAGGGGAAGAAGUCGGUGAUUGAGGGAGAGGUGGAGGCGGACGACUCCGACGUGAGUGAUGAUGACUACUGAGGGAGGCAGGGAUGGAGGGAGGAAGAGGAGGGAAGGGGAGGAGGAGGAGAGACAAGCAGCUUUUUUCAUUGCCCAGAUCAGACGGUACCCAUACCAGGGCCAUGCUGACAGGGUUUGCACACUGGAUCUGCUCUUAUUAGGCACAAAUCAUUUGAAAUGAGACAAGUGGGUAGUUGUCUCCACUGCUGUAAUCUUAAUAAAGUAAUGCUUUUGUUUGUUUAGGUUUUUUUAAUUAGUUUGUUACUGACAUCGACAUGCGUUUUGCGACUGACACAAUUCCAGAAAUCCUGAAUGUGGUCUUUUCUGUCUUAAAGGGUUCUUCUUCUGUUCCAUAACAACUCCAUUCUAAUUCAGAGUUUAUGUAUUAACCGAUUGAAGUGUUCAACUUCUCUUCACUUGCCAGUGGGCCGCAUGUUCUAUUUCAGUCUCAUCAGGACCAAUGACCAGCAGUUGAUGCUCUAGGUCUCCAAAUAUGUUUUGGUUGAAAACCAAACAUAGAGCGGAAUUUUAAUCUUGCACUUUGAGAUUUAGGCAUUGGUAAUCGUGUUCGAUUUGAGAACUUUAAGUAUAAGCAGGAUGUUGUUGUUUGAUGAGGUACUUCAGAGUUUUCUAUAUAAAUAUAUAUAUGAAAAAUAUAAAAAAUACAAAAGUACUUGGUGGAGCGUUCUUUGUCUCCACAGCACUCUUUAUGUCUGUGUUAUUUAUUCGAAUUGCCUGUUUCUCUCACUGUACAUUUCUGGAGGUAUGUUGAAGGAGUCUUUCGGGUUUGUAACAUAUAUCUUGUACCACAACCAGAUUUAGUAAUCUUAAUUUUGUGAUGGAAAUGAUGUGAAAUUUUAUUUUACAAAUUAUACAAAUGAAGUGGAUUAGUUUUGAAUAAACAUUCAUCUCAGA